GGCGAACAGGAAGAGGAGAGGAGUUUUGUUCUCAGGAUAUCUGGGAGUGGUGCACAAGUGGGAAGUAUCAUCCUGUUGUUGCUGAUAGUUGCUGGAGACUACUGAAAGAGAGGGAGUGUGAACCUGGAGACUGAGAAGGAAGGCUGUGCUAUACGACCUCAGUGACCAAUCACAUGCCUGGAUAGAGGUGGGGAGUUUAGUUUCAUUGCUGGUGGUAAGGAAACCAGAUGAUCACAAAACUUGAUUUUAUUUUUUCUGGGAGAGACAAUGAUGACUGCUGAGUCUGUUGGCGUCUCUGUGAGCCUGACCUCACCGUGUUGUUGACCGGGAGCUCCAAACAUGUUAUUGUUCUCAAACAAAUGAGGGGCUGGAGAAUGGUACACAGCAGACACGGGGUCGACGCCUGUCAGGAUAACCGACAGGCUGCCGCUGGACUGGAAUUUGAUCUUCACACUUGAGCUCAAUCUGCCGCUGUCAUGGUGGACAGAAAACAUCUGUGACUGCAUUGCUGAGACUCAUAUGGCCUACGCUACAUUUAAUUCCAAGGAGUCGUGCCUGAAGCAGAAACAUGUGAUGUACAGUACGUGGGAAGGGCACCCAGACAGACUCACGCAGGAGUGAAAUAUGCAGCUGCACAGAGACACAUGGAGGGAUUUUUAUUCAAGGAAGAAACUGUGAUUAAUAUUUAUGAGAGACCAUGCUUGAAUCUGUAAAUGCAGAUCAUCCUAGAAUUCUGAGUUGGUCUGGAUUUCAUCUUUUUCGGCUGUAUUUUUGAGUUAAUUUAGAACUUUUUUAUAAGAGAGAUAUUACCUGAUUUUGUAUUAUGUCCUACAAUAGCCUGCUCUUUCUUACCAUGAUCAGAAAUCUAGAUGUCUUCCCUGUCUUUUGAAGUUAGUCACUUUCCGUUUUAUAACGUCAGAUUAAUUCCUCUUGUGGUUUGUCUGUCUCAUGUCUGUUUCCUGUCUGUGGCAAGGAGGAGGCGUAACAGGCAAUGUGAUAUCAGUACAAACACAACACUUUCUUAUUGACUGGUUUCACUGGGUUCAAAGCUCAGCCUCUGCUGUUAAGUCAGUAAUUUCAGUGUCAUUUCAUUGUUUCUCCUGAUAGUAUCUCUCUUGAAGGUGCCUGUUUUUACAAAUACGCAACUGGUUGUCAAAGGAGUACAAACCUUCAUAAACAGAGAGUCGUUUUGAUAUUCAAUUCAUUCCCCAAUCUCUGAGGAUCUCAUCGGGACUCCACUUGUGACUCUGUCUCUGAUGUUUGCAUCGGGCCUUCGUGGAAUGUUUGGCCAUCUGUAUCUGCAGAUGUGUGUGGAUGCUGGAGCAAGACCAGCGUACUGUGAAUAACACACACACACACACACACACACACACACUUGUGCUGUGGACUUCAGGGACCUGAAUACAUUCACACAGCUGAAGCACACACAAAUCCAAAGGGAUCGAUGGAGUGCUCAUGUGGACAAGGAGCUGGUUCCCAUGAAGAUCAGUCAAAUAUUGAGAGUCCAGUAGUGAUCUCCUCCUAUGUCCUUCAAGUAGAGCUGGCCUGCAUUGAUGGAGGCAAUUAUGACAUCGUGAACAAUGCUGUGAUCUCAACACCCGGGCCACAAAACCACAGAGCCCAAAAUGUGUCAUUGCGACAAAGCUGGGAGAUGAACUACCAGGAGGCAGCCAUCUACCUGCAGGAAGGAGAGAACAAUGAUAAGUUCUUCACUCACCCUCGAAACCCAAAAGCACUGGCAGCGUACCUGUUUGCCCACAACCACCUUUUCUACAUGAUGGAGCUGCUCACGGGUCUGCUGCUGAUGAUGCUGUCACUGUGUGAAGCCCCUGCUGUACCGUCGCUGCGCCUGGAUGUCUAUGUCCAUGCCACGCUGGAGCUGCUGGCUUUGGUCAUGGUGGCAUUUGAACUCUGCAUGAAGCUCCGCUGGUUAGGCUUCCACACCUUCAUACGGCACAAGAGGACCAUGGUGAAGACGUGUGUGUUGCUGCUACAGUUUGUGGAGGCCAUAGUGGUCCUGAUCAGACAAACGUCUCACGUGCGAGUGACCAGAGCACUCAGACCCAUAUUUCUGGUGGACUGUAGAUACUGUGGUGCUGUGCGCAGAAACUUACGUCAGAUCUUCCAGUCCCUCCCUCCUUUCAUUGACAUCCUCCUGCUGCUGCUUUUCUUCAUGGUUAUAUUUGCUAUCUUGGGUUUCUGCCUCUUCUCUACAAAUGCUGCUGACCCGUACUUCAACACUCUGGAGAACAGCCUUGUCAGCCUGUUUGUGCUGCUGACCACAGCAAAUUUCCCUGAUGUGAUGAUGCCGGCGUACUCCAAGAACCGCUGGUCCUGUGUUUUCUUCAUUGUUUACCUCUCCAUCGAGCUCUACUUCAUCAUGAACCUGCUCCUGGCAGUAGUGUUUGAUACAUUUAAUGAUGUUGAGAAGAUGAAGUUUAAAUCUCUUUUGCUUCACAAACGCUCCGCUAUUGACCAUGCAUUCCAGCUGCUGGUUAGCCGACAGAGGCCGAUGGGUGUGUCGCUGAAACAGUUUGAUGGUCUGAUGCGUUUUUACAGACCACGGAUGUCUGCAAGAGACCGUUUCCUCACAUAUAAAGCUCUUAACACAUCAGGGGCUCCUAUGCUCAGUCUGCAAGACUUUUAUAAGUUCUAUGAGGUCACUGGCCUUAAAUGGAAGGCACGUCGCAGUGGAGAACAUUGGUUUGAUGAUCUGCCACACACAACCUUCCUCAUUUUCAAAGGCAUCAACCUGCUUGUCAAGUCAAAGGCCUUCCAAUAUGCCAUGUAUGUGGUGGUGGCCAUCAAUGGUGUGUGGAUCCUCGUGGAGACGUACAGGCUCAACAAUGGAUUUUCCGGGUCCACAUUUGUUCCCUGGAGUUACAUUGUUUUCCUGACCAUUUAUGGUGUAGAGGUGUUAUUGAAAAUAUCGGGUUUGGGGCCAAUGGCUUAUUUCAGCUCAGGGUGGAAUCUGUUUGACUUCUCCGUGACAGUGUUUGCCUUCCUGGGCCUGAUCGCUCUUGCCUUCAAUAUGGAGCCAUUCUACUUUAUCGUAGUUCUCAGAACACUUCAGCUGCUGCGGUUAUUUAAGAUAAAGCUGAGGUACCGUAAUGUGUUGGACACCAUGUUUGAGCUCUUCCCCAGGAUGGCAAGUCUGGGCUUGACCUUAAUCAUCUUCUACUAUUCUUUUGCUAUUGUUGGAAUGGAGUUCUUUGCAGAUGUGGUUUACCCCAACUGCUGCAACACCAGCACAGUGGCAGAUUCCUACAGACAGAUCAAUAUCACAUUUGGCAACAAAACAGUGUUGGAAGAAGGCUACUAUUAUCUUAAUAACUUCAACAACAUUCUCAGCAGCUUUGUGACUCUGUUUGAAUUGACUGUGGUCAACAACUGGUACAUCACUAUGGAAGGAGUCACUUCGAUGACAAGCCACUGGAGCCGCCUGUACUUCAUGACUUUUUAUAUAGUUACCAUGGUGGUGAUGACCAUCAUUGUGGCAUUCAUUCUGGAUGCGUUUGUGUUCCGCAUGAACUACAGCCGCAAGAACCGAGAACCCCUGGAUAAUCCAGAGGAUGAGAAUGGGAUCGUGUUUGAAGUAGAAGUGAGUCGCGAUGAAGCUCUGGCCACACUUGAGCUGUACAAACAGACGUGCCCAGGACUGUCUUCCCUCAGCUCUCUACAGGGAGUCCUACAAGCUAUGGACAGGAGUGGGCACUCAUCUCUGGUGUAUCAAGGUCGCAGAUCUAGGACCAAGAGUGACCUCAGUAUGAAAAUGUACGAGGAGGAGAUACAGGAGUGGUAUGCAGAAUAUUCAAGGGAAAACCUGCCUCAACUAGACCAAAGUUUAGCACGGGAGCUGGACAGUCCCGGCUCUGAACCAAGUCCUUUCCCAGAGCCUCAGCUCAACUCACAGACUGGACCUCAUGGUAUCAACUAGUGCCGUUUUCAAAAGGUACAUACGCGACAUCAUCUCAGUCUUUUUUAAUGCAAAGAACCCCUAUCACUCCUGGCCUUUUUCCAGUCUACUCACCGUUUGCCACACUGGGAAACUAGUGCGGGCCCCUUUGAACUGAAGUGAGAAUGAGACGAGUUCACGGUGAAGGCAUCUUUUACAGACGAUAGACAACAGUACAGGGGUGUUGCCUGGAUGGGAGCGUUGAACGUUGCCCUUUUUUUGGCCUUUUUAAAGACUGCAGCAAAAGCUACAAGGAAGCCUGUACUACCACAAUAUGUUGUGUACGUAUACUACUGUAGGCCUUUUGUGCCAUAUUGUAAAUCAUGUAGUACUUAAACCUGAUGCCUUAGUUUAAUGGCUCAUCUGAUCAGUAUUAACACAAAUACUACUUCUACUAAGACCAAAAGUAUGAAAACUUUCACUCCUUUUAGCUCAACCCAACAAAUUACUAUGUACAGUUUCUCCUAACUAAAGUCUCAGCAGACUUAGAAGUAUUUUACUUUUAUAUAACUUCUCAUUCUGUAAUGUAUUUGAGUUAAUAAGGGAUUUUAAUAAACUGUUCAAAUUGUCAAGUAAUGUUUUGGUGCCGUACUCUGACACUGCUGCCAAUUACUCGGAUACAUACAAUUUAAGAAUUAAGUUUGGAAUAACGUGCGUACAAUCUUGAAAAACAAACCAAAAUUGUUUAAUUACCCCAAAAGCAGCUUUGUACAAGGUCGUUGACAUUUUGAUUUACAGUACAUUUGAAUAAUUUACAAUGUUUUAAAUUACAAAUUUUUACAACCUGUGUUUUCUCUCUUGAGUUACAAAGUGCAAUCACAGCUUCAGUGAAUACAAAGAAGAAGCUGAAUAAAGGCCCGAUGUGAUUAGUGUCAGCCCUCCCUGAGCAGAAGAGUCUUAGUUUGUCAAUAUUUUACUGGUGUUACUAACAAACCACUGUCUGGCUGUGAGAGAAGGCGAGUGCAACAAAACGUACUGUUGAUUCUUUCAUAAAUAGUGCAUUAAUGUUAUGUGUAGAAGAAGAUGCCAUUUGUCUGCACUCUUUGCAGCCCCUGUUCCAGUGUGUUGGGGUGGUUUGUCAUUUUUCAGACUGGCCACAGUGUCAGGUCGAUACAGUGUGGAUCUUGCCAAACUCAGUGAGAAGGGCAAUGACUAGAAAGAUGGCGUAGAAGACAAGGAGAAAGAUCCCAUAGGUUCGACCCAAGUGGAAGUGGCACAGUGGAACGAUGACAAAGGACAGGACCAAAGACAAACCCAGAGAUCCUGCAAGGACCCACGUCAACAAACCCUCUGAUUCAAACUAAGGAGAAAAAAAAAGAGACAAAAUGCAUUAUCUUCAUAGGUUCCAAAACAGUCAUAUACAUACAAAGCAUUUUUACAUUUCUCUGGGUGAUCAUGUUUGAAGAGAAAGAAUACCUGCACGUCAGACUGUGUUUUAACCAUCUGCAACAGACAUCCCAAACCGACUCCAAGCAGCAUGUCUGAAGGAGUUACAGUCAAGGACACACUAAUUACCAGCCUCUUACAUGCUCUUGAAUUAAGUCAUGUUUUUAUACGGACUCUAGUGUACAGCCAUUCUCUAGCACAGUGCAAAAUAGUCUGGCUGCACUUUACCAGCAUUCUGUUAUAUGGGAGAAAAAAGCUUUGGCAUGUUUGCAUUUCUUCAAACUAAUCAAUCAUCUUGGGUAGUGAGUGCUAAGCCCAGGAUGCAGCAACAAUGCCCCUAAAAAAGAAUUGCCAGGUGAACUGUUUUGGUGGCACAUUUGCGUGCAAAGAGACAAGAACUGUUAUUAAAAUGAAUAAUUUACCGAAAAAACACAAGGGCUGCUAUAUUACAUAAUGCAAGCCUUUGGCAAAACUUGAAAUUUCCAGUAUGAUGGUAUGUUACUGCCCUGAGGCGAUGGUUGAGGAGAAAGCAGUGUCAAAAUAAGGAUACUGAAAAUGAUGCCUCCAAAGCAGGCAGAUAUGGCCAUCCGUGGGUAUCCCUGCCGAGCGAUGGUGAUGUCAGAAAAACAGUCUGAAAGAGAAACAUACAGACAAUUUCAAAUACAGGUAUUAGUUUGUUUUAUUUUUUUAAAAUAUGUUUUGAAAAAUCUAAAUUAGAAGUUGAUUCUCAGGUUUCACCUCCUAUGCUGUUGCCCCAGGCCAACAGAGUCAACCCCAGCACUGUGUUGCUAAGACUCAGCACCACGCCGAGCAUGUGCAGGAGACUGACCACCUCAGAGGCUGCUGCACUGAUUAACACCGCACUCACCAUGAAGCCUAACAGAGCAAAGAGCUGCAGAGAGCAAAACUAAAUGAGAAUCAGAGGUGCACAUGCAACAGAACAUGUUUCAACAAAAAUGUUUUAAGAGCAGCGAUGUGGCUCUAAUGUUGACGGCAUUAUGAUAAAUAAUACAUACAGAAUGGGAAACAUUCUAUGUACUGCUACCAUUUACACCAAAGCACUGCUGUGACUCAGUGGAGCCUCACAGAGACUGAGGACACUUUGUCUUGUAAAAAUGAUUACAGCCUCUCAUAUGAUAUUAUACAAGGCAAUAGCUCAAGGUGGUAAUCUUUAACCCUGACCACCCCACCCCUAUUUUUUAACACCAUCUGCUCCUUUCUUAUACUUACUGGAUGAUAUUUGGGAGGACAGUCGUUGGUGGUUGUGCAGAAGACAAUAGCGGACAGGAAAAGUCCCAGCAGGAGAACCAGCAGCCAAAGAGGAAACUGCCCUUGGAUCAUAUAUUCUCCAUCUAAACAGUAGUUUAAGAAAAAGAUUUAAACUGUAGCUAUAAACAGAUGAAAUAUGUUGUGUCAUGCUGCCUUUAACCUGAAAGUUAACACACUUACAUACUUGAGUUAAGCCCCAUAAUCAACAACGUCAAAUAGUCUUUGCUAUAUUUACACAUAAGUAUGGUCACAAUUAUUAAUACUCCACUUUAUUAUGUAUUCUAACCCAGUAAUGUAGUAUUUUAUAUCAUUUUGUAUGAUUUUAAUCUCUAAAGUGAAAAUUACACAGGCAAAAUCCACCCAUAAAUAUGGCUAAAGUGUCUUUCCUUGUUAGGCUGUUUUGUCACGUCAUUCAUAAACCUUUUUCUACUGGAAAGAACUUUGGUGCAACGGCUGUUGUUUUGAAUGUGCUAUAGAAGCAACAGUGACUUGACUUACAUGCUCCAGACUCGAAGGCGAGCACGCACACUAAAGGAGCAGUGAUCAGAUGGAGGCAGUUCAGUGGGCGUCUCCAGUUUUUGUCUUCUUUGUCAGGGUCGACCACAGGGAUACACAGCAACAGCAGCACCUCUAGAGGUGUCUGAUGGGUGCAGGACAAACAACACAGGAGUAAUUUACAUUAAAAACAGAAUCUUAAGUGGAUUUUUUACUGCUGCGUCCUAUCAACCAGGCUUACACGCACAGCUACCUUGACUACUUUAAGAGCUCUCCAUCGCCAGGAUUUUCUCCUCCACUUUCUGUGGUCUACUGGAUUCAGAGAGCUCAGCAGGAUAUGACUGGUGGACUCCAAAUAAGGCAGCAGUGGCCUGUACUCUGAGUCUGCAACACAAGCCCACGUGCAGGUUAUGACCCUCAUCAUGAAGAAAAAUCCUGUUGCAUAUUAACUUCUAUAUUGAUUUGUAGACAGGUGCUGCACUCCUACCAUAGUCUUGCUGGAUGGUCCCACCGGUCAGACAGGGAAUGUCAUCAUCUGAUGAGUCAGACGAAUGAAACUCUUCUGCAAAGAAAAACAUAAGAUCCUCACUGGGAGCUGUGAGAACAUGUUGGUUGUUGUUUUGUCUGCAUAUGCACAUGUCUAACCUGGAAUAUGUGUAACACUCUGGACGCUCGUGUUCACUGAAUAUUUUUGUCGGUUGUAGAUGUAGGUACUGAUGAUUACAGUCAGGACAUACACCACAUAGAGGCUCAUGUACCCUGGAAAAAGGAAAGGAAGUAAAGUCAGAAGAUUGAGAUAGACUGGUCUGAAAACUUGACACAGUGGCAUGCAGUGUUCUGUACGUGUGGGGUUGAAAAACUUUAUGGUUUCGAAGGAAAAUCCACAACUUGUUGAUAUUCAGAUAGUUAUGCCAAAUUUACCGCCCAUAUCAUUUCCACUGCCCCCUUCCCCCUCAUCUCUCCUCCCACUCCUUUUCCCACUGUACGAGUACCAACAGUGUUUUCUGUUUGUUUCUCAUGUACAGAGUCAGGAUUAUGUAUGAAAAGUAAAUGCACAGCCAAGAGAUGUUGGGAGAUAUUCACUGAAUUUGACAAAAAGUGUAUUAGGUUAAAACUGCACUGACGUUUAAUAAUAAGUAUUACCGGUAAAUGUGACUAUAAUUUAACAUAAGUAUUUAGCAGGUAUUGCGCUGUCAGGAAGCACAAAAUACAUAAAAAUAACAAAGCUAUAAAAUGUACAAAUCAUUAGUCACUACAAAUAUAAUAAAAAUGUCUUUCAAUAAUAUUUAUAGGCAUAAACGACGCAGUGUGUGAACUUUCACCUGCUUUGUCUCAGAAUGAUUUGUAGCUGAAGUUACGCCACUCUAAAAUAAGCAUUCUCAGUGUAUGUAGUUCUGAAUCCAACACUGAAAGUUUCACACUUUCAUACAGAAGUGAAGAAAAUACUUGUAGUCUCAGAGUUUUUUUUUUAAAAAUCUGCAUCAGGAGUGUGGUUUUUGUCCAAGAACACACAGUGGUUGAAAGUCCCAUGAGUCUGAUUUCUUUCUUUUAGUGAACUUCAAUAGUUGUAGUAGCAGUUAAUUCCUGGAUCUUUGCCAACAUAACUUCCUUGACUCACAGAGAAACUUUGCACCAAGAGGGACAGAUAUCUUUAAACAGGCCUUUGAAACGGCCUGUUACGUAACAUGUAAACAAACAGGACAGAAAGUAAUAAACUGCAGAAAAUGGACGGGUUGGUCACAGACAAGGAAACGUCCUUCCUGUCAAGUCUACUCAGAGUUCAGAUUGUUAGAGAACUGUCGGUGUCCACCGGUAGGGACCAACAGACAAACCUGAUCAAAAGGGCAAAAAUACACUCAAAUAACAUUCCUCUGUGUGUGUGUGUGUACUCUUGCGUACCUAGUGUUUCUCCAAGCGUCACGGUUCCUCUGUACAACAUGAGGAAAGUCCAAAACACUGCAGUCAUGUAGAAGAUAACGUCACGUAGAAACGGGCGGGAGGCCACAGUGAAUGGUUUGACCAGCGCCACGUUGCCCGCAACUACUGUAGUGACAAAUAUACCAGCUCC